CAUGCAGUCACAGGCGGGUGCAUGUGUGUUUGUACAUGUGUGCGUGUGAUUCUGUCGUAUUACAGCUAACAGCUAUAAAAGUGAGGCAGCGAGGGGGAUGUGGGCUAUAAAGGCUCAAGUAUAGCAUCAAACAAAAAAGAAACAGGAUAGGUGAGGCGGACUGGUUCACUAAGAAGAUUCAGUAGGGCUGACAAAGCUUUUCAAAGAAACAACCGAGCGUUAGAGCUGUAAGGAGAACUUGCAUGGUGGUGUUACAAAGCGAGACAUCCUUGCUCUGUCAGAUUGAAAGACCCCCGCUAGUUGGGUUUUGAGACACUUCCAAGAGUUGUUCCUUGCAGAGUAGAUUGACGUAUCCGAGUCAAAAUGUGUUCAGGCAGCUUUGCCAAGUGCCUGGGGAUCAGUCUGAUGCCUCUGUCCAUUGUGUGUGUGCUGUGUAACAUCCUGCUCUUCUUCCCCGGGGGAAAAUCUGUGGACAGCGAUCACAUCACAGAAGAAGUCUGGUAUUUUGGAGGAAUUCUGGGAUCUGGAGUGUUGAUGAUCUUCCCCGCUCUGGUCUUCCUGGGUCUGAAGAACAAUGACUGCUGCGGUUGCUGUGGCAACGAAAGCUGUGGCCGGAGAUUUGCGAUGCUGAGUUCCAUACUGUUUGCAGCUGUGGGUGUUGCAGGGGCUGGUUACUCUGUCAUAGUUUCGGCUGUGGCCAUAAACCAUGGACCCGUGUGUCUGUUCAGGAAUAACGUCACGGAGAACAUAUGGGGCUUUCCUUUCUCAAAUGGUGACUACCUGUCCAACAAAUCUUCCUGGGAGACGGUUUGUUUGGAGCCGACCGGCGUGGUGUCCUGGCAUGUGUCUCUGUUCUGCGUGCUGCUGGUCAUGGGUUUAGUCCAGAUGGCACUGUGUGCUGUGCAGGUGGUGAACGGCCUGCUGGGAUGUCUGUGUGGCUCCUGCUGUGGAGGGAGUGAUGGAGCUGUCUGAGAGUCAGCAGGCGCCUGCUUCUUCUGUUCUGUUCAUAGAGGAUGACAAUAGUUUCUUGCUUGAUGCCACAGCUCUGAGUUUUUGCAUUGAAUGUAUGAACAACACUGUUGAAAUGACAGUGUGCCGAUUCAAAGGGGUUCCCCUUUACUCUCUAGCAAAUAUUGAUGACUUUUUCUUUUCAUUGUUCCAUUUGAAAAUGCAUUUUUUGGCUGUAACCAAUUUCCAACACUAUUUUACCACUGCAGAUUUUUUUGGUCAGUUUUUUCUCUGCCAAGUCAGUAAACAAAGAUCAUAUUGUUGGUUUGUAAAGCAGAUGGGAGCAUUAAAAUGGAUGAAACCAAGAUAUUGCUUUCAAUGUGGU